AUGGACCCACUCAGUAUUGGUGGCCUCGCAAUUGGUUUAGGCUCUUUAGCUUUCGAUGUGUUCGAUCACUCAAUAAAACUCUUCAGGUUUUUCUCGUCCGUGGUGGAGAUGCCUGAAGAAUUCGGAAAAUGUCGACUGCAGCUCAUGAUCGAAUACAAUCGACUGCUUGCAUGGGGGGACGCAGUGGGUCUCGUACGCGCAGCUCAUGGGUCUGAUAUCGCUACAAGUCUUGGAACAAAUGCAAACGAGCUCUGUGCUAUCGUUGCUCGCAUUGGCAGACUCUUGGAAGAGUUUAGGGAGCUCAAUAAUCGCUGGAAAAACGAAGCGACAUCAGACCCAGCGAGCGAGCUGGCAGUGACAGGAGAAAUGGCUGCCGAGAUUGACUUCAGUGCAAAAGUAUCUGGGUUAGCUGUCAUACAUACCGAGAAGCUAGAGGAACGGAAAAAGACGAAGCGGAUGAAGAGACUAGCCGCAUGGGCAUCAAAAGGGGCUGCAACAGCUAACCGUGCCAUUGCACACCCGUCUCGUGUGCGAUGGGUGUUGGCCGACAAGGAUGCGUUCGAAGUUCUCUUAGUAGACCUUCAUAAGCUGAUCGACCGCAUUCACGAGUUGAUGGAUACAUACCAGAAGAGACAGAUACAGGAGACAACCGCAAAAACCUACCUGGAAAUGGUCGUCCUGCGAAACGACCUCCGCGACAUCAAAGACAUGUUCCAGGCAGUCGUCAGCAUGAUGGAGGUCACAAAGAGCUCAUGCUCUACUGACCCUGAUCGGAGUGAGACAACCCACGAAACACUUCGAGAUCUUCUGCUACUCAAAGAAAUCAAGUGCGUUUCAGAUGAAAUCCUAUCGAGACUUCACGACCACGCUGCGCUUGACGUCACACGAUCCAUGGACGAUGCCAUCAAAGUCAAAAAGUAUGACAACGUCCUCUUCAACGAAUGCUUUACCCCAAACACAUCCGGUUUCAUAGCUAAUGGGGUGGAUCCGUAUCGACCUAGGGGCUUUCUAAACCAGAAAGGGACCAACCAUGAAGUCUGGGUUGAAUGGAGGGCUGCCGAGUAUCAGAUGAUUGGAUCCGUGGAGGAAAACGAAUCCAUUGUACGGACGGCGACACUUGCGGCCAUGCUGUCUAUUGAAAAACCGCGACACCUCCUUUCACCUACGUGCGUCGGCUACGUGGACGAUCGGAGACGUAACCAUCGAGUCGGGUGGAUCUACAAAAUGCCACAAGGAUCAACCGAUCAGACUCGGCUGAGGACCCUGCACAGCAUGCUCGGGAACGACUCGUGCAGGCCCACCAUAGCCGAACGGGUUUCGCUGGCCUGGCGGCUUGCCUCGUCCCUGUUGUAUCUUCACACCGUGGGCUGGCUACACAAGGGCGUUCACAGCGGGAACAUAGUCUUCUCCACUGAAUGCGAAGCGGUCGAUUUCGGAAGCCCCAUCAUGUCAGGGUUCGAGUAUUCCAGGCCUCAGAGCAACAAAACAACCUCUCGCAAUCUGGACCCGACAUGGGAUAUAUAUCGAUGGCCAAGCAUCCAAAAUGAAGCGCCAAGGGAUGCCAAUUUCAGAAAGACAUUCGACAUUUACAGUCUUGGCUUACUGCUACUUGAGAUUGCUCACUGGCAGCCACUGCACAAACUGAUGGCCUUCCAAAAGUGGCCUACACCUUCUGCCGAAUACUGUCGGAUCAGGGCUUGGCUGCUGGAUGAAGAGGACUUGCCGCCAUUCAAGAACAACCCCGUUCUCGAGUUGCAAAACUUCAUCGGUGAUAAGUACUGGGCAGCAACUAGACGAUGUCUCGUGGCUUACGGUGAACAAGGCUUGCAUGUACAGGAGGGGUCCGAUCAAUCACACCCGGAAAUCGGAGUAGGCAUCCAGACUGUGUUCACUGAGCUUGUCGUCGAACAACUCAAGGCCAUUUCCGUUUAG